CGUGUCCACAGAAGGAAAGCAUUUGAAGUUUUGAACUGUACAAUUCUGGGUUUUAAUGUGAGACUCUCUUCUUGGUCACUGCAUCAAUUAGUAACAUGAUUUUCUGCACCUAGUAAAUGUAUGUCAGUAGGGAAUAUAUGAACGUUUCAACAGUACACUCAUAGUUGCCAAGGUGUCGCCCUAGGUGUCUAUGCGCUUUAGUGGCCUUGCGUCUAGACUGCCUUCAACGUCUUGGAUCACCUUGACAACAAACUAUGGUUCAGUGGCAUCCAUCUGUGUUUCUCCCAGCCAAUGUUGAUCAACUGAACUCAGAAGUUACCUAAGAAACCUUAAUCAACUGAACUGAGGAUAAGAAUUCAAUCCUGCAAUAUUUCUUAGGAGGAGUUUUCUCAAUCUUCAUCCAUGAGUGUUAUUGAAUGCCAUCCUGAGGUGUGGUACUACUGAAACAUGCUUACCUCUCUGACUAGCAGCAUAGCUUCUCUUCUCCCCUUUUAUCUCUUUAAUUUGGUUUAUGGUACACCUUUGGCCAGGUGAAAGGCUGGAUCAUAAGUAGUAAAUUUGUGUAUUAAACAUGUUUAUACAGAAAUUUUGAAAAAUAUUUUCCAAUUUAUAUAUCCCUAGGCUGUAUGUUUGCUGCAUUUUCUGCUACUACUUUUGCUGCAUUUUUUCAUUUUUAGGGUAUACUUGUUUUUUGUAGCUAUGUAUAUACAUAUUAGAAAUUACGUCCCCCCCUCCCUCCCCUGUAUUUUGUCAAAAUUGUAUGUAGAUCCAAGGAUUUGAAGAGAUUAUGCCCCUCUCCUAGCUUUGAGAGUGUUAAUAAUUUUAAACCUCAAAAGACUAUAUUACCCUUCAUUGAAAAAAAAAAAAAAAAAAAAACUUAAUUACAUAGGAACAAAAGCUCGGAUCAAAAUCUUCUAUAGUGAGCAGUGAGUGGCAGUGAAGAUCCAACGGCUAAGAGGGCCUUGACAUACACCCCAGCUGUUGUGCAUGAAAGCCCUGUGGCGAGCACUCCUCAACCUCUUGCAAAUCUCGGCAAUCUCAGGUGGAAAAGAAAGCCUUACAUCUCCGGUGAGCUGAACUUUCUUUGCCCAAAUUCAGGAACUCCAACGCUAUUUUCCCACUCUCUACAGUUGUUGGGAUCUGCGAAUCCAAAUCGUAUCUUUUUCACUGCAAGUCCAAAUACCAUUCAAAUAUAUACUCUGUAAUAUGAAGGUCAAGGUUGGUUUACCUCAUUCUAUUCAAAAUAUACUCUGUAAUGCAUCAUACUGGUCAAAAUUGGUGUAUGUCAUUCUUUUUUCUUCCUUUGUUUAGGGAUUGGCCUGGGUAGGUUCUUGAGGAGGCUCCAUCAAUGAUGAGGAAACAUGUUCCAUCAUCCAUUUCUUCAAUAUGUACAUAUAAAUCUUUAUAAAGACAAGUUCCUAAAAGAAAUUGAAAGAAAACCAAUAGAAUCCACAACUAGUUAGACAAGUCCAAGUUCCCAUUUCUUGAAGUAACAUAAAAGUCAUCCUUUCCCGUUCACUUGCAAGUUGGAACCCAUCUGACAAGUCUUCUUACAACAUAUCAUAUGCUCACUGUCACUAGAAAUAAAAAAAAGCUCUUCAAUUUUUGUCUUCAUGGUUAGGUUUAAUCAGAAUCUUUCCUUGGACUUCCGAAGGCUUAACAUAUAUAGUCAAUCAUCAAUAAUUCAGAAAAGAAUCUAUACACAGUAAAAUUUAAUAAUUGAUUAAAAAACAUCAAUAGCUCAGAGAAGAUUCUAUAUAAAGAUACUUCAAUAAGACUUCACUUCAAUCAGUUGCUUGCUUCCAAUAUAUACUGAUCAAAAACUGAAAUUUUUGAAGAUCAAAUAGAUCAAAAUACUCUCUCAUGGGUUCAGAAAAUGGAUUGGGCAAGGAUGAUAUACAACAAAGGAGCUAUUGGAGAUGGAGCAAACAAGAUUUCUUUCCUGAACAAUCCUUUCAAAACUGGCACACCUAUAGAUCAGCACUCUCACAAACAUGUUUUCGAUUCAAGGACCGACUCAUCAGCUGAUCUGAUGAUGCCAAUGAGGUUGGGGAGCUUCGAAGACAAAGUGAGAAUGACAUGAAAAGGUGCCUCAACUGGUGGGAUCUCACAUGGUUUGGGUUUGGUUCUGUCAUUGGUGCUGGUAUUUUUGUUCUAACAGGUCAAGAAGCCCAUAACCAUGAUGGCCCUGCCAUAGUACUGUCCUAUGUUGCUUCAGGUCUUUCAGCAAUGCUUUCUGUCUUCUGCUAUACAGAAUUUGCUGUAGAAAUUCCGGUAGCCGGGGGAUCGUUUGCUUACCUGAAAGUGGAAUUAGGAGAUUUUGUUACUUUCAUAACUGCAGGAAACAUACUCUUGGAGAGCAUUGUUGGUAGUGCAGCUGUAGCCAGGUCUUGGACUUCUUAUUUUGCAACACUUUUGAACCGUUCCUCCAACUCUUUACGGAUACAAACACUUCAGCUCGCAAAUAAUUUCAAUCUCUUGGACCCAAUUGCAGUAGCAGUACUGAUGAUCUCCGCAACACUUGCAAUGAUAAGCACUAGGAAGACAUCAUUCUUCAAUUGGAUUGCAUCAGCAAUAAACACAGUGGUGAUACUUUUUGUGAUAAUUGCAGGAUUUAUUCAUGCCAACACUUCCAUGACACCUUUCUUUCCAUAUGGGGCAAAAGGAGUCUUCCAAGCAGCUGCAAUCGUGUACUUUUCCUAUGGUGGAUUCGAUAACAUUGCCACCGUGGCCGAAGAAACCAAAAACCCUCCGAGAGAUGUUCCAUUGGGUCUACUUGGAUCCAUGUCAAUAAUCACAGUAAUUUACUGCUUGAUGGCCUUGUCAUUGAGUAUGAUGCAGAAGUAUACAAAUAUAGACCCAAAUGCAGCAUACCCUGUUGCAUUUCAGAGUGUGGGUAUGAAAUGGGCAAAGUAUUUGGUAGCUCUAGGUGCACUCAAGGGAAUGACUACUGUUCUCCUGGUGGGGGCACUUGGCCAGGCUCGCUAUACUACUCACAUUGCAAAGGAUCACAUGAUCCCACCAUGGUUUGCUCUUGUCCACCCAAAAACAGGUACACCCAUCAAUGCUACUCUCUUGAUCACCAUUUUAAGUGCAUGUGUUGCUAUCUUCUCCGGUUUAGAUGUACUGUCAAGCUUGUUAUCCAUCAGCACACUCUUUGUUUUUGCGAUGAUGGCAAUUGCACUCCUAGUGAGGAGAUACUAUGUGAGAGAAGUUACUCCUCAAAAAGACCUUUUGAAGCUGGUGGCCUUUCUGUUGAUCAUUAUAGCUUCCUCAAUUGGUACUUCAGCUUAUUGGGGUUUAAGGUCUAAUGGAUGGCUUGGCUACACCAUAACCAUUCCAUUCUGGUUUUUUGGGACGUUGGGACUUUCAUUGCUUUUGCCUCAGCAGUGGAUGCCCAAAGUCUGGGGAGUUCCUCUUGUUCCUUGGCUUCCGUCCUUGUCGAUAGCAACAAACCUGUUCCUGAUAGGUUCUCUCGGCUCCCAGGCUUUUGUGAGGUUCGGAGUCUGCACAAUUGUAAUGCUGGUUUACUAUGUGUUAUGACUUGGCUCACCAAAUGGCAAGCUCUGAUCCAACAAAGGUGGUGGAAAAUAACAACACAGGAAAUGAGGGAGCUUAAUGCCAGAAGAAUCUUGGAAUUUCAACUAGCAUGUUGGAUGAUACAGACUAAAGUAUAGCAAAUGUACCAAACCAGAAAUUCUCUUGUAGUUCUGAUAAUAGCUAGGAUACACAAUUUUUACAAAAUAAACUUUCAUGUUUGGAAA